UCUCACUCACACUUGAGGAAGAGAGAGGAAAAGGGACGCUCUCACUCACAUACACACACACAUACACACACACACACACAUAGCCUACACACUCCCGCACACACGCGCGCGCGCAGACAUACAGCGAAGUAGCAGAAGAUCGGGGAGAAUGAGGAAACUGUUCUCGGUAUAAUGAUCAGCACGUUGAACUGGACAGUGAUCGCUUCCUCUCUGGUGAUCCCUCGGAGUUUCCGGUCCUUAUAAGUCCCUGACAUCCCGGAGCAGAGCCAGCUGACCGACGGAGCGUCAGUUGUCGACAGGAGCAGAAUCACCGGCUGAAGGAGGAAAUGCUACGACGUUCAAAGAAGAAUGUUGUUUUAGCUGUGCUGCUUCUCGUCGGUGGAUUUUAUUUCAUCAACCGCUCAGACUUCCUCACCACUGGCCCGAGGAAGUUGGUGGAGCCUCCUCCUCAGGAGUUGACCUGGGAGGCUGAGCGGCUGGUCAGUAAGGACUCAUGGGUGGAGCAGGGGGACUUCCUGGCUCUGAAUGUGUCUUAUCAGCUGCUGGCUGGAGCACCGACCCCUAAGCAGAGGUAUUUGUCCGUUGGGAUAUCAUCCAUAAAGAGGCAGAAGGGCAGCUACCUGCUCCCCACGCUGCAGUCUCUGUUCUCCCAGUCGUCUCCUGAGGAGCGCUCCUCCAUGGUGGUGGUGCUGCUGCUGGCAGACUUCGAUGUGAGCUGGAGGGUCAGUACGGUGAAGGAGAUCAGGGCUGAGUUCCACUCUGAGCUGGAUCAGGGCCAGCUGCUGGUCCUGCAUGUAAGCCAGGACUGGUAUCCUCCUCUAACAGGUCUUAAGAGGAACUACAACGAUGCUCCAGAUAGGGUGUCUUUCCGCUCCAAACAGAACCUGGACUACUCCUUCCUCAUGCAUUACAGUGCCGGUCUGGGCCGAUACUACAUCCAGCUGGAGGACGACAUCUCUUCCGCCAAGAACUUCCUGAGCACCAUCAAGAGGCGAGUGGAGGAGCAGGAAGGGAAGGCGACAACCUGGGCGAUGCUUGAGUUCUCCAACCUCGGUUUCAUCGGGAAACUCUACAAAUCAGCUCACCUUCCUCUCCUGGCUCGCUUCCUCUUCCUCUUCUACCAGGAAAUGCCCUGUGAUUGGCUGAUGUCUCACUUCAGGACGCUGCUGACUCAGAAAGAGCAGAUCCUGUUCAAACCGUCUCUCUUCCAGCACAUGGGGACGUUCUCCUCCUUCCAGGGGAUGUACAACAAGCUGAAGGACAAAGACUUUGAGGAGAGUCUCUACAACAAUCCUCCCGCCGAGGUUUUCACCGACAUGUCCACGUACCAGAAAAACUUCCCCCGGCUGGCAUGGGAGGCCGGGGAGGGAAUCUUCUGGGCACGCUCCCCGGUGAAAGGGAAUCACUUGACCGUGGUGUUCAUGCAGCCCGUAGUGGUGACGGGGAUUUUUAUAGAAACCGGGUCAGGAGGCAAAGACCUGCUGGAGUCGGCUCAGGUCGAGGUGGGCUGCGAGGUGGUCUCCACAGACUUACAGGAGAAGACGUGUAAGGAGUUCCAGUCUUUGGGGAUGGUAGAGACUGGGAGGUUUGAGAUGCAGGAGGUGGAUAAAAAGUUAAACUCUGCCUCUUCAUGUCUGAAGAUCCAGGUGACAGCGGGUCAGAAGGACUGGGUGAUCAUCAAAAAAAUCAGGGUGUUAUUGAAGUCCAGCUCAGGGGUGAGUGUGUCCUCCUGAUGGAUGAGUUGUGACUGUAGUGCCUUAAUGAAGCUGCUGUCUGUCCGUUUGAGACACUGUGUGACCAAAGUCUGUAAAGCUCUCUACAUGCAGAGAUCUGCAGAGAGUGUAUUAUCAGCUUCAUGUGUUUUAUAUUUUAAUGUAAUUAAAGUCCCACUGCUGUCA